CACUCAUCUUAUACAAAGGCUGAAAUUUGUUGUUGGGAAGCGUGUCCGACCGUAGGAUUUGCGGGAAGGCAUUUCUCUGGAGGUGGACAUGGUCCACUUUCUGGAUACAUGGACUCGCAAUUCACAACGAGCUCUCCUUCGAUGUGGUAGCGGCUAGCGGAGAUCUUGUCGCAAGUAAUGCGAAGGAGAACACGGAUUUGUUGCAGGCAUUGAAGGGGUGGCGGGCUUUGACAUUCAGACCUGUGACCAGCUUAACUAUAAAGACGCGCCUGGAGAUUCUCACGAAUGGUACU